CAUUUGUUCUGUUAUUGUUGGUUAGGGUCCAUCAUGGAAAACAUGCCAGUGUGUGAAAAACCAAUGGCUGAUACAAUUGAAGCGGAUGGGGUGGCCGCUGAAGAAGAAAUUUACGAAGCUGCCCAACCUAAUGACACAGCAGCUGUGCCAGACCCUGAAGAAGAAUCCGUGUACAUGGAGAUGGCCCAGCUCCAAGCACGGCAUGGCCGACCGCGCGGAAGACUGCAGACCCCGUGUAUUGGACCCUUGCUAAAGAAGGAGGGUAUCUCAUGGCGGACACUUGCCACAAUAGUGUAUGCAGCGGUUGGAAACUUGAAUCCAAACUGCUGUUCCUAUUGCUUCCAUAUUGUAUAUCAUAAGGAAUUCAGGGACGAUGAAAGUGAUGACGAUGAUGAUGAUGACAAGGCUGAUUCUGGUCAUGGCUUGGAGCAUGAGACUUCUGCAGAAGAAGGAGUUAGGCCAUUAACACCUCCACUGACGCCAACACCCCCAGAAGUGCAGUGUGAGCCCUUGCGGGGUGAUGCAGCAGAAUAUCUUUGUGUGGAGGAGUUAUUUCCCGAUAUCUGGAAUGAGCCCGUGGACCUAGCAUUACUGGCCAGGCAAGUUCCAGGAGAAUUGGACCCUGAGUGUUGUUACCGGUGUGGAAUGGUUCAUAUGUUCAAAAACACGAGCCCUGUGUGAUGCGGUGUCAGCGAUUGUCAGGUGGGGGCUCUAGGACUGUGAAAGGCCCACCCCUGGGAAGAAAGAAAAAGAUGACCGGGCGGGGAAGGGAAACCAAAGAGGGGUUUGGGGAAGGGGCGUGUGAAGCUUUACAGUUGUAUAAAAAUGCUCUGAAUAAAGAAAAAAGUAUUCAUUGCUGUGAAGAAAA